AAAAUUGGAACUCACUGGAAUGCUGGUAGUUGACCCAAUUACCGCCCCCGCCAAUUUCUCCGCCUUCGCAGCUCUCUCGCGGUCCUCCACUCCCUUCAACGACGUUGCUAUUCGCCACCCUCUGCGGCCCCUUAGCGCCCUCCCAUCGUUCGACGAAACGCCGCAAAGGACCGUCCCCCACCGCGCCGCCGCCCCCACCUGGCGACGCGCUCGGGAUGGGCUUCCUGACGAGGCCCUCCUCCUCUUUGGCGAUGCUGCCGUCUCCGGCAGCAGCCUCCGUAAACCCCAGGACCUAACCUUUUCUACCCUCCUCAACUGCUGCGCUUCACUCGGCGCCGUCCGGGAAUUGCACGGCUACAUGAUAAGACGCACCGGAGGGAAUGCUCGCACCUGCUGCUCGGAGAGCUCCCUCGUGAGUUUCUACGCAAAGUGUGGGUUUCUGUCGCAAGCACGGAAGGUGUUCGACCAAAUGCCUGAAAUAGAUACUGUUGCCUGGGCUGUGAUGCUGAAGGCCUACGCUGACGGAGGGCACUACCGGAGCGAAAUGAUGCACCUAUUUGUAGAGAUGUUGUACGAAGCCAUCGCACCGAAUUCCCACACCCUCAGUUUAAUGCUGAGCAAUGCUACGCCUGAUCUGGGUGAACAGCUCCAUGCAUCUGCAGUGAAGUGGGCAUUGGAUUCUGAUGCUUUUGUUGGGAGCUCCUUGGUCCAUUUCUAUUCUAGAAAUGGGAGCCUGGGUCUCGCCCAGCUGCUGUUCGACAGAAUUCCUCAAACAGAUGUAGUCUGCUAUAACUGUUUGAUAUCAAAGUACGGAAGAGCUGGGAUAACAGAGGGCCUCAUAUCUUUGUACUCCAAAAUGUGCUCGAAGGAAUUGAUGCCGAAUCAAUCUACAUUUGUUGGACUGCUCGGCGGAUGCGCACAUUCUGGUUUGAUUGGCCUGUCAAAGCAGUUUCAUGCACAAGCAAUCGUGCAGGGAUUCGGUUUCGAUGAGGUUGUCCAAGUGAUCCUCGUUGAUAUGUACGCAAAGUGUGGCGACAUUGAAUCUGGUCGCACUGCCUUCGAUAUGUCUACCGUUAAACAGAAUGUUGCUAUUUGGAACUCACUAAUUUGCGGCUACGGAAAGCACGGGCGCAGUCUGGAGGCCCUGCGAGUUUUUUAUUUCAUGGAAUCUGCCUCUGUUCAUCCUGAUCACAUUACUUUCACCUGUCUCCUAUCAGCUUGCAGCCACUCGGGCUUUGCAGACGACGGACGGAGAUUGUUUUGCGCGAUGCAGGAGCGAUAUGGAGUACCAGCCAGAGAGGAGCACUAUAGUUGCAUGGUGGAUCUCUUCGGGCGAGCGGGAAUGGUGAGGGAAGCCUAUGAACUUCUAAGUAGAUCAGCAUGCAAGUUGGGACCUUCUGUAUGGGGUGCGCUACUCAGCGCCUGUAAACUACAUGGAGAUUCAACUAUCGGGGAAAUUGCCGCGCAGAAGCUCUUUGAGCUAGAGCCAGAGUGCUCCGGAUCAUAUGUCGCACUGUCGAACAUCUACUCUGCAGGGAAGCAGUGGCGGGAGGCGAAUGCCGUCAGAGAGUUAAUGGAUGAAAGGAAUAUAUCGAAAGAUGCCGGUCACAGUUGGAUCGAAGUUGGUGGAAUGGUGCACAGGUUCAGAGCAGGCAGUGGAAGCUUGGAUCACAAACUGUUUGAAUGAAGUAUAUUUGGUUUGCUGAGGCUGACACGGGUCAAUCCGGACUAACACAGAAGAAGAGUCCGUAGAUUCCAACCUUGCGCCUCCAGCGACCGCGUCGCAGCAGUGUCAGCCGUCGGAUCCAGCCAGCUCCUUCCCGAUCCAGCACCAAAGAGUUCCACCAAUAGGAUUCCAUCGUUUAACCCCCGCGAUCCGAGUCGGUCAUAGGAAACGAUCUCGACCGUUGAAAGCGCCGAAAGGAAACACACAAAUCGACCAUCUCCACCGUCCAAUUGGAAGUAAAAUCAAAGUAUCGAUCCCUCGGCUCG